AUGAUGUACAAGGUGCAAAACUGUGGCAAGUACGUUUUUGGCGUUAGUGUCCCAUUGCCUGAUACUUCCUCGGAUUUCAGAGAAUCGUCGCAUGGCAACACCAUCGAACUCGACAACAACUCAAACCAGAACGCACUGCCUGCCGCCUCAAGGAAGCCCUCGAUCCACUCAACACAGUCGCGCCUUCUGGUUCCUGCCAUCGUAGUCGUUCUGACCCUGUGGUUGAUGAUGCUGACGGGGACUUCCAAGCACCUAAUUCAGGCAACCGGAAGCUCCCAAUGCCGCAUCAAGCGAACCGCCCUGUGGGAACAGUGUCUGGAACCGUAUCGGAUCGUCGGUGGCCAGUCGGCACACAUCACCGAAGCGCCCUACCAGGUCGCAAUCCGUCGAAUACAGUUCCCAACGCUGUCGGUGUGGCGCAGCAAUAUCAUAUGCGGUGGAUCGCUCAUCGGACCACGUCUGAUCCUUACUGCGGCUCACUGCUUCUCAUCGAGCCUGAUAAAUCCCAACUGGUACCGGGUGACCAUGGGAAGCACAUUCCGAACGAGAUCCACUUCCGGUGCUCAGGUUCGCAGCGUCGAGCAAGUGAUUGUGCAUCCGAACUUCCGCCUGAAUCCGGUGGUUAAGAACGAUAUCGCGCUGGUGGUGUUGGACGAGAAGGUGGAGGAGUCCAUUUCCGUGAAGUUUGUAGAACUCACUUCGAAGUCUGUGGAGGAUAAUAUGGUUUGCUUGAUCACCGGAUGGGGCAGACAGGACUUUUACAACGCCACCAAGCCCAUCUGUAUGAUGAAGGCAACGAUUCCGAUUCUGAAUUUGGACGAAUGUCGCCGGAGGUCAACGUUGCCGAUCGCUGAUGGAUUUUUCUGUGCUGGGUAUUUCGACGGCGGAAUCGAUGCCUGCAGUGGAGACUCGGGUGGGCCACUCGUUUGCAACGGCGUGCAGUAUGGCAUUGUUAGCUUUGGACGUGGAUGUGCCGAGAAGAAUCACCCGGGAGUCUACACUGACGUGUAUCAACAUUUGGAAUGGAUCUCAAGGGAAUCUGUCAAUGGUGCCAGUACGUUGGACCCGUCGUUCAAGAAGAUCUACUGUCGAUCCACAUCAGAUUCCGCAUCUACCAAAUCACUGACGUUGAAAAAAUGUAUCGGCAAAUUUUGCAGCACUACUUCUUCCGGCGGUAUCAACUUAUCCUUUGACGUCCCAGUUCAGACCAACCAAUCGCUACGUACGAGCUGCAAACAUAUCGUCCAGAUUGCGCAAGACGCAGCCGAGAACUAUCCAACCGCAGCCGCGGUAGCCCAGAAGGAUUUUUAUGUAGAUGACUUCCCGUCUGGUGCCGACAAUGCACAGUGGUACAGAAUGCAGAUUUAG